AUGCAAAAACGCAAGCGCGAUAUCGAUUCCUGGAACACCUUCCUCCACCACCCUGCAAAUACAAAUAUUCAGGCGGCCGCGAAGUAUUUGGCUACCGCAUUGCGGCCAAAGCUUGAGAUGGGUAUCUUCGACGCUCUCGCUUUCAAAGGCGGCACACGUGUAAAAUCUCCUGGCAGAGAGAAGCAGUCUGGCCGGUCAUGGGCUCCACAGGAUCUUCCUCCAGGAAGAUCUUACCAAUGGCCGACCGUCGCGCUGGAAGAGGCCUUCUCGGAAUCACGAGAGCAAGUCAAACAAGAUGUGGUAUAG